AUGGCAUUGAGCACUAGCGGCGUUCUACCAAGUGGCAGCUCCGUGACGGCAACUUGCGCGGAAGAUAUGAAGGUUCUCAUUGGUGUGAACACAAUAAGAUGCGUGCUCGGUCAAUGGGCUCCAAACCGAUUUGGCUAUUGUGUGGACAUUGGUGACCCCUUGGAACAGUGUUGUGUACAACAGCGGUUAUGGUCAAGUGAUCGUGAAGUUCCCUGCAGGCGGUUACGGCAUUGUGAAUGUGAAAGGAUAUCGUGGAAUUCCAGACAGCGAAGGAUAUACCUGGAGCAUCCAGAACAACCAAAUCUACAGAAAUGGUGUUCUAGUGCCCGACAACAGUGGUAG